AGAAGCGGUCGGUUUUCCAGAAUCAAUCGGAACCGAAACUCCGAUCAAAUUAGGGUUUUAGCUUUAGCUCCUUUCCCCCCGAUUCGCCCUUCCUCCUCCCGCUCGGAGCUCGCCGGCUGAUCGCAAUGGCGGACGACGACUACAAUGAAGUUGACAUGGGGUACGAAGAUGAACCGCCAGAGCCUGAGCUUGAAGAAGGUGUCGAGGAGGAUGUAGAAAACGCUAACCAUGAGGAUGUUCCUGAUGCUCUUGAUGGUGAAGAAAAGGAAGAAGAACCUGUAGAGCGGCCUCGUAAGACAUCAAAGUUUAUGACGAAAUAUGAGCGUGCUAGAAUUCUGGGUACUCGUGCUCUGCAGAUCAGCAUGAAUGCGCCUGUCAUGGUUGAGUUAGAGGGCGAAACUGAUCCACUAGAGAUUGCCAUGAAAGAGCUCCGAGAGAGGAAAAUACCAUUCACCAUCCGUCGCUAUCUCCCCGAUGGAAGUUAUGAGGAUUGGGGAGUAGACGAAUUGAUCGUGGAAGAUUCCUGGAAGAGGCAAGUGGGGGGUGAUUGAUACUUUCGUCGUGUGUGAAGAUUGGAUGUGUUCUGUAAAUGCUAGUGGUUUAGGGCAAUGAACCACUCAACAAGCAAAAUUAAUGACAAUGCCAGUGUCAAGGUCACGGACAUUUUGAUGUGCAUUCGCACCUGGUAGCUCUGAGAUGGUGUGUUUGAUAAAAGAUCCGGCGACUUUUAAAUGCUCUACUUCAUACAUGUAUUUUGUCAGGGAGUCGUUGCUUUAAAUAUAUCAUACCUCAAGAAAGGAUUUCCUAUUAGAUCAA